GCUGUGACACACUUGAGCAGUCACGAUUGUGUGAUCACGUGGUACAGACACGCUUCUUCCACUCUUUGAUACAGAAAGUUUCAGUCCGUCGUUUAAACUUCACCACAGUCCUGUCGUGCAGUCAUGUCUUUCUGUUCGUUCUCCGGAGGGGAGGUUUAUAAAGAUCAUUUUGAGACUGGCAUGUAUGUUUGUGCUGAAUGUGGACAUGAGCUGUUCUCCAGCAGAUCCAAAUAUGAGCAUUCAUCACCCUGGCCAGCCUUCACAGAAACCAUCCAUGAAAACAGUGUGUCUAAACAUGAGGAGAGAUGGGGAGCUUACAAGGUUAAAUGUGGUAAGUGUGGAAAUGGUCUUGGCCAUGAGUUUGUGAAUGACGGACCCAAGCACGGCCUCUCACGCUUCUGAAUAUUCAGCAGCUCUCUGAAGUUCGUUCCUAAAGUCAAGAAUGAACAGCAGUAGAGCCAGAUGGUUGGAUAAGCAUGUGAGGAUGUUUCAGUAGGAGCAUAUGGAGAAGCUUGGAUGUGUUUACCGUGUGGAUGGUGAAUGAAACGCUCUGAUGAAAAGCCCACAGAGGAACGUUCAGAGUGAUGAUGUGUAAAACAGCCUCAUGGGAAACAUGAAGAAGCUUACUCCGAAUAACUGCUACUACCAAUCCCUACGCACAACUAUGCAAGAUCAAGUCUAAGUUAUAAUAUGCACAAUAUACACUACCAUUCAAAAGUUUGGGGUCAGGAAGUUUUUUUUCAAAUGUUUUUAAUAAAGACUCUUCUGCAAUAAAAGUUUUCAAAAUAAUAAUACUUUAAAAAAAAUCAUAUACUGACCCCAAACUUUUGAACGUUAGUGCACAUUUGAUCUUAGUUUGCCUGUUAUAGAUCACUAGUUACAUUUUAAAGUGUUAGUCUUUUGGUUACUUGAUAACAAGGAUCCUAAAUGCUGAUUUAAUAAUUUCUGCAGCCUCACUUGGUCAUGUGGAGAUCAUCUUUUAGAUGUUGUUUAGCAUAGGGGUGUCCAGUCCUGCUCCUGGAGGGCCACUGUCCUGAGUUUGGCUCCAACUUGCCUUAACACGCCUGGAUGUUUCUUGUAGCCUAUGCCUAGUAAGACCUUGAUACGCUGGUUCAGGUGUGUUUGAGUAGGGUUGAAGCUAAACUGCAGGACAGUGUCCCUCCAGGAGCAGGAUUGGACACCCCUGCUUUAGCACAUUUAUCACUUGAAAUAAUUUAUGUAUUUACGUGUUUAGGACAAUGCCUAAAUAGGACUAUUUCUGCUGUAUCACUGUUUGUGUGCUCACUACAGAGAUUUCAAUCAUUAAACUAUGAUUGAUUGUUAAA